ACAUCACUGAUUUCAGAUUUGCCCGUCGUGGUCAAUCUGUCAUUGUUGUUGCCUUCGCGUGAAGUCAACACAAGUCUCGAGUAUUAUUCUCCUCGUGUCGUCUUAUCUUCUGUUCACGCCAUGUCUUUCCUAUUACCUGCGCGAAUCCUUCGCCUCCUUCUGUCGUUGUGCGUGCUGUUACCACUCGCCGCGUUCGCGAAGAAGCCGAACGUGAUCCCGGGCGGCGUGCAGGACAUCGCGGACUUCGCGAACCGGCAGGACGUGCAGGGGCUGGCGCUGUACGCCGUGCAGCAGCACAACGAGAAGGAGGGCGCGGACCUGCACCUGGUGCGCGUGGAGGGCGCGCAGCAGCAGGUGGUGGCGGGCAUUCUCUUCCACCUCACGCUGCUCGCCACGUCACCCUCGUCUGGCCGCACAGCGCAGUACCGCGCGACAGUGUGGGAGCGCGCGUGGCAGCACUUCCGCGCGCUGCAGGCCUUCGCGUCCUUGCCCGACUCCGACCGCCCCGCCACACCCGCCGAGCUGCGCGCCGCCAACGCUGCUGCGCUGGACGCAGCCGGUGCUGCUGAAGCUGCAGCCGCUGGGGCCGGUGGUGGUGGUGGUGGUGGUGGUGGUGGUGGUGGUGGUGGUGGUGGUGGUGGUGGUGGUGGUGAGGUCGAGGGUGGGCGUGGGGCAGAGGACAAGGCGGCGAGGGAAGGAGGUGAGGAGCAAGGCGUGGCAGCAGCAGAGGGCGUGACACAGGGCACGUGCAGCAGCAUGCAGGGAGAAGCAGGCAGCGCGCAUUCGUCCACACAUCCAUCACCCGCAGUGCUAGAGGCAGCAGAGCGCGCCACGUCAGCGCUGCAGCAGCGGUCCAACUCGCUCUUCCUGUACCGCCUCAAGGAGGUCGUGGCUGCUCUCGCCACGCCGGGCUCCGCCUCCUCCCCUGCGCAAGGCACAAUGGUGUUCCAGCUGACGCUGCGGCUGCAGCGCGAGGUGCCCGCGCACAUGCAUCAGGCGGGGGUGGGCGGCACUCUGCCGGACGAGCUGUACGAGGUGGACCUGCUGCACUCCGCCAACGGCCAGUGGUCCCUGCGCAAGGCCGUCGCCCUGCAGUGACGUCCUAGCAUGCAUGCACUCGCCUCUUGCCUCGUAUCACGACCCACACCGCACGUUCCCGCUUGCCACUGCUGCUGCUCCUGGUUAGGUAGCGCUGCACCUUUGGCUGUGUCGGAACAGUCUAGGCAGGAGUUGAGAGAAAUUUGGGCUGUAAGUGGUUGGUUCUUGACGUCCUCCAUCUAGUUGGCAAUGCCGUUGCUGGCGAUCCAAUCCGGCACCAAAUAGAUGCCCAUCUGAAUGGCAAUGCCAGUGUGAUUGUUGUGACCGUGAGGAGGACUAAUCAUUCUCAUUCGAAGCUUAUGUUUGAGUUCCUUUCUAUCUAGGGGCUGCCUAAAGACU